AUGCUGACCGAACGUGAGCUGCAGAUCAGCCCAAUUGUGCUGGAAUCGGUGCAGCACAACACCAAGACACUCACUACCCUGCACAAUCUAACCGCCUCCCUGUUUGGCGUCGGUGCCGGCAUCCUUGGUCUGGAAUCAUACCCAGGUUUCAUCUUCUACCUAGUCUUCUCCCUGCUCACUUCCGCCCUUGUGUAUGCAUUCCGUGUGCGCCCAGCGAUUAUUAAGAACUCUAUAUCUGGUGGGAAAGCCGGUGCAGGCAUAGAGAGAUAUUUCAUGGGCAGCAUGGAGCUUUGGACCGGGGGAUUAUUUGAGGGGCUGAGUGGGUUUGUCUUGACCUGGACUUUAUUUUAUGGUUUGGUCAGAGCUUGA